AUACAGACUGCUUCUACAAACAUUUGUGAAAGACUGUGCAAUAAGUCCACCUGUGAAAUUUCCUUUCUACUAAAUAUUCCACGGUCAACUGUUAGUGGUAUUAUAACAAAGUAGAAGCAACUGGGAACAACAGCAACUCAGCCAUGAAGUGGUAGGCCAUGUAGAAUGAUAUAGCGGGGUCAGCUAAUGCUGAAGCACACAUUGUGCAGAAGUCACCAACUGUCUACAGAGUCAAUAGCUAAAGACCUCCAGACUUCAUGUGUCCUUCAGAUUAGCCCAACAACAGUGCAUAGAUGCUUCAUUCAAUGGGUUUCCAUGGCUGAUCAGCUGCAUCCAAGCCUUACAUCACCAAGUGCAAUGCAAUGUGCCACAACUGGACUCUAGAGCAGUGGAGACGUGUUCUCUGG